AUGUAUAAAUACCAGUUAUGUUUAUAUAGGCAAGAUAGUAUGGUGGUUGAGUUUAGUAGGAAACAGCAGUUAAAUCAAAGUAAAAAGGUUGUGGUGAAUUGUUCUAGAUAUGAACGUAGUGGUUCUCGAGAAAUUUGGGGUAAGUGGAAGUUGCUUAUCUGUUUGGGCUGUUUUUGGUUAUUAGCCCGGGGUAGUUCUGAAGCUAAGGAGAAGAAGCACGUGCUUCAACUGAUUGUAACGGAUAAUACUGCUAGUGUUCAGCAUAAGUUAGCUAUCGAGGCGAUUAAAAAGCAGACUCACCAGCAUAUUAUGAUAGAAAACAAGUUGACUAGCCGAGCUAGCCAAAAGGAUAGAACUUACUUGCGAAAGAUGGUAAUGCAGGCGUUGGACUCUCCUGCUUGUUGGCUUUUGACUCUAAGUGGAUUUAGCGCCGAUCUGCAUGAGGGCACGAAGCCGACUCCGAUUUAUAAGAAGCUUAUGCGUAUUAUUCGUGAGAACCACAAGAGGAUAUCUGCUGGUGAUGAUCACAACAAGUUGGCCGAUCUUCCUGAUAUUAACAUAGAGAUUCAAAAUUGUAGUAUGCCGUUUAUUGUCGCUGUAUGUCAUGCAGUGGUGGAUAAACGUGUUCUUCUUGGGUUGGAUUUUAAAGACUGUGAGGCAAUCCAUGGUAUUGAUUGGAUUCAUCUACUGCCUUGGUCUAGUAAGGCGGACUGUAUCUUUUCUAUUACGAAUAGUCAAGUGACUGGCAAUAUUCAAACAAACUUAAAGCAUUUGGCACAAGCAACCCUGGCACACCCCAGCCUGUCAGUAUUUGUGGAUGAUAUUGGCUGGGGAACGAUUGGAGCUGUUGCUCCUAAAGAUGCACCAUUGAACUUAUUGAGAGUUACACUCCGAGUUGACUUUAAGCUGAUUUUUGAUCUCAUCAAAGCCGGUCAGAAGAUUGUUGGUUUAGAGAGGUUAACUAUCUUGGGGCUAGAUAAGUGGGAGUGUGAGGAUUGCAUAAAGGAUCAGUUAAAGUCUCUUAAACAAUCCAAUAGUCCUUGGCAGAUCCGGUGCCCGGUAGUAGUUCAACUACCAAAGUAUUAUUGUGAGCGACCAAACAGAGAAGCCGACUUAUCCGAAUUUAUAACUUGUCUAGGCGUAACUGACAAUGCUAGUAAAGUUGUAUUUACUUAUCAAGAUUGGACGAACAUCAUGGUUCUCGAGCUUUUUAAGCUGCCUAACUCGGCCAAAGCUCCCAACUCAUCAGCUAGAAAUAGUAUAGCUCACCGGGUAAAUUUUAUGGCUAUGACCCAAGAUCCAUUGAUUAUGCGUAGGUUAGCCCAUUAUUACACACAUUUCGAUAAAAUCCCCAAAGCGAAAUAUACUAAUAUUGAGAUCGUUGGUGGUGAGAUGCUUCAAUUAAACCACAUCGAGAUGAUUAGUGCCUACUGUGACAUCUUAAACGCCCUCCUAGACUUGUGUGCCUUCAUCCAAGUUGAGCAGGCAGUGAUUAGCGGUACAACAGAGCCAGCCCCAAGCGGCCAAUCACUCACAAGCACAGCAUUGUUAAACAGCAAACCUCCAUCAUCCUGCCCAACCCAUUCUAGUAAAUCCGCCACUGCUAAUUCCAGGGCUGAUAGACUAUUAGCCAGGCCACUGCCUCAACUAAAGAUGACUAAAUUCGGAACCUUAGAUUUUGUUGGCAUCUCUAAUGAACUGAUUUAUAUGCUGAUUGAUGAUCUGCUUCGGCCCACUUACUUUCAAACCAUCAACAUCAUCGAUGUACCAAAAAUCAACACAACCCAACUUGCCAGGCUAUUAGAGGAUAACAAAGGCCUAGGCAUUAGGCUAAUUAAAGUUCAUCUCAACGAUAAGCAUACACUCGAUUUAAGACCAGCACACAGUGCCCAAGCAAAUCCAAUGCCAGCACAGUCUAAUGUACAAGCACACCAAGAUUCAGCUCAAGUUACUCCAACAACCCCCUCAUGA